AUGUCUGUCGAAAGCGAAUCUGCUGCCGUACCCAGUGGUGGAUCAGAGGCAGGUAAACCUGCUCCUGCCACUGCUCCAGCAGCCACAGAAGGUAAAAAGGAUGUCUCUCCCAAGAAGGCUGCCGCUGGCAAACCACUAAGUGCACCAGUGAAAAAGCCAUCAUCUGGAAGUAAAUCACCGUCGAAGCCAUAUCGUAAGUCCACUUCCUGUUCAUCGUAA